GGAUGUCGGAAGAAACACAAGAAAUUAAGCCUUUAUUUAAAAGCAGGAAAACAAAAAAUGCAAGACAAAUUAAAAAACCCAUCACUUCUGGUUCGGAAGAUGAAGAAGACAAUUCAAAUGAGGACUUAUUAACCAAAAUAAACGAAAUGAAAGACAAACAAAAACUUCGACAAAAACCGAACGGGAUAAACGUAAUUGGUCUCGCAUUAGGUAAAAAAAUCACAACCGAAGAAGAAAUUGUGGUAAAAGACCCUCUGAAUUGCAAAAUCGGCGGAAUGCUGAAUAUGCAAAAGCUCAAAAUGGGAGAAUUGAAAACAUUGAACGAUGCAUCCGACAUUGGCACACAAUUUUCUGCGGAAACAAAUAUUCGGGACCAAGACGAGGAAAUGAUGAAGUACAUUGAGGAUCAAUUGAGAAAGAAAAAGGGAGAAAAUAAAAGUGAAGAAGAAAAAAAGGAGAUGAAAAAGUAUCUCACUCCCGAGGAAUCUGCUUUACUCGCGUUACCGGAACAUUUGCGACAAACGAGUGUUCAAAAAUCCGAGGAAAUGUUGUCGAAUCAGAUGUUAAGUGGCAUCCCAGAAGUGGAUUUAGGUAUUGAAGCAAAAAUUAAAAAUAUCGAAGCGACUGAAGAAGCUAAGCAAAAAAUGAUUCAAGACCAGAAAAAGCAAAAGGAGGGACCAUCAUUUGUUCCUGUGAAUAUGGCUACGAAUUUCGCAACGCAUAAUGAUCGAUAUAAUUUAGAUUCCGUCAAGAGAAAAAGGGAAGAACAGAAAGACAAGAACUUUCAAACGAAACGAGAUGCGAAAAAGGCAACGGACGAUUUUUAUUAUGACAAAUUUAGAAGUAAAUUCCGAAAACAUUAAGUAUGUAAUAAAAAAAAAAAAAAAAAGUAAAAAAAAAUAUUUCUUCUGAAGUUUUUUCCUUCUAAACUACUCUACUUUAAAAUUUUGAAUGAAAAUUUUAAUAAAAAAAAUCA